AUGACUUCUUCAACCGGCGGCGGCGGAGAGCGGAGAGCGGAGAUGACUUCUUCAACCGGCGGCAACUUGAACAAGCGGCGGAGAAGAGAAGAAGAGAAUGGGAGUAGGGAGCAAAGAAGAGAAGAAAGAAAGGAGGAAAAAAGAAAGAAAAUGGCACUCUCGGGGCUUACCAUUUUUGAAGCUCGGAACGAAGAUGAAAUCGCCGAAGACCGAAGUCACGGAAGAAGGAAGAAGAAAUCACCAAAGUCGCGGAAAAGGGAAGAAGAAAUUGUCGAAGUUCCAAGUUGCGGAAGAAGGAACGGUUCAAAAAUGGAGAAGAAAUCGCCAAAGUUGGGGAGGGGAAGAAACAAGAAGAAUGAUUCGAAAAUGGAGAGAGUGAGAAAGAUAGGAAAUUGA